CUUCCCUUCGUUUGUGCCACCACGGCCGGCGCCGCCAACUCCCGCUUGGUGCCCAAAACAAAAUGGCUGCCAGGCAUUAGUGCAGCGUGACUGGCUAAAAUGGCGUCGACGCACUUGCGUCAUUGCGCGCGCAAGCAGGGGCGUGUGCUGGAAUUAUUGGUGUGGACAACCAGCUCUUCCGUGUCCUUUUAUAUGGGCUGUCAUUAGAAGCUGUGGCUAGUUUUCAGCAACUGCAUCCUUCUGGACCUGUGGAAGGAGAAGAUGGAAAUUUAUACCACUAAGUUAGAGCCUGCACAGUGGUUGAGAGGCAGAAAUGAGCAAGUGAGACUACUAUGUAUGGGAGUCUUCUGCAGCACUACAGACUGGUGCGCUCCUCUUGCCUGCAGAAACUAGCAGAGGUUGGUUUGUGAGGACGUCAGCUUCUGCUUUGCAGUACUGAUGGCAGCAGAGCCACUGAGUGAACUGGAGGCGGCCAUCGAGACUGUGGUCACCACUUUCUUCACCUUUGCAGGGCGGGAAGGACGGAAAGGCAGCCUGAGCCUCAAUGAGUUUAAGGAACUGGUCACCCAGCAGUUGCCUCAUUUGCUAAAGGACGUGGGCUCUCUGGAUGAGAAGAUGAAGAGCUUGGAUGUGAACCAGGACUCGGAGCUGAAGUUCAAUGAGUACUGGAGACUGAUUGGGGAACUGGCAAAGGAAAUCAGGAAGGAGAAAGCCCUGGAGAUCCGGAAGAAAUAAAGCCUGCUUGUUGGGAUGGGGGCCCAGCAGGGCCUGCUGGGCAGGGCUGGGCAGAACGUCACUCCCCCUAAUAAAGCUUCCUUCUUGAAACACA